AUGGAUCUAGCUAAGUCGUUUUUUAAUGUUCGCGAUCACGAAGGUUACGUCGGGAAAGAGGAGCAUAAUAAAAAAUUAGAAACAGCCGUCUCCGAGGAUGAAAUUGAAGUGGAAGUCGGAGGUUUAUGCUGCGAGACUCUGUCCCCAGCACCGGGUGGACCGUUUUCGGCAUUGACAUCGUCGAUGUGGCCGCAAGAUAUCCUAGCUAAAUUGAAUCAGCCCGAUGAUCCGAAUUCACAACCUGAGUACAGAUUCGACGAAUUUGGUUUCCGUGUGGAAGAGGAGGACGGUCCUGAACAAAGUUCAAAGAAGUUAUUGGGAAUACCGUUUGUUGAGGAUCCUCAACACAGGUUGCAAUGGGUUGCUCUCUUGGAAUUUAGUCAUAACAAAGAAGUAACAGAGCUAUCAUGGCAAAAUAUAGAUCGAAGACUACCACGCACAGACAAACUGCGUGAAAUGGUUCGACGUGGCAUACCUCAUUCUUUAAGACCACAAAUUUGGAUGCGUAUGUCAGGAGCACUCCAGAAAAAGUGUUCAUCAGAAAUCAUGUACAAAGAUAUAGUGAAAGCCUCGAGUAAUGAUGCAUUAAUGACAAAUAAACAAAUAGAGAAAGAUCUCCUUCGCAUUAUGCCAGCCAAUGCAUGUUUCAGUCAUCUCCAUAGUACCGGUAUACCUCGCUUAAGGCGUGUUAUGCGUGCCUUGGCUUGGCUGUAUCCUGAUAUCGGAUAUUGUCAAGGCACGGGCACAAUGGCAGCGUCGUUGUUGUUGCUCUUGGAAGAGGAAGAUGCAUUCUGGAUGAUGGCGACAAUAGUAGAAGACUUAUUACCAGCUUCUUAUUAUUCUUCAACAUUAUUGGGUAUUCAAGCUGAUCAAAGAGUACUUCGCACAUUAGUAACGAAUUACCUUCCCGACAUAGAUCACGUUUUAGUGCAACACGAUAUAGAAUUAAGUCUCAUAUCUCUCCAUUGGUUUCUGACUUUAUUUGCGUCAGUUGUACAUAUGAAAAUAUUACUGCGUAUAUGGGACAUGUUCCUCUUCGACGGAUCCAUAGUUCUAUUUCAAAUCACACUUGGAAUGUUGAAAAUAAAAGAGACGGAUUUGAGACAAUUGGAGAAUUCUGCACAGAUAUUUAACGCCCUUUCGAAUAUACCAGGAGACGUCGACGACGUGGACCAAUUAUUCAAUGUAUCUUUAGAAGUUAGUGGGUCAUUGACAGAUGUGUUGGUUGAAACUCACAGACGUCGCCAUUUGGCAUAUUUAAUGGCUGAUCAGGGUGGACUAGUAGGAAAUCCAGAUGCAGUACCGAACUUGCCGAAGCAACACUUGAAUAGACGUCAAAUGAAGCGAAACAAAUCAAUGUUGCAAACAUUUCUGUUUGGCAACGAUGAUGGUGAAGAUGAUGCGAAAUCUAAAAAUAUUCGUCAAACAGAAAUUCUAGUCGACCUGAGGGAAGCUGUAUUGCAAGUGGCGAGGCAUUUCAUAAACGUCGAUCCGAAACUGAACAACAUUCUACUUAUAGCAGAUUAUACUAUGGAGAGCCACGCGAAAGACCAUGACAAUUAUGUGAACGUAUCGCGAACGCGAAAGAGAAGAGCAAAAGCUUUACUAGAUUUUGAAAGACACGAUGACGAUGAACUCGGUUUCCGAAAGAACGAUAUAAUUACGAUUAUUAGCCAAAAGGACGAGCAUUGCUGGGUAGGAGAACUCAAUGGAUUGAGAGGAUGGUUUCCUGCGAAGUUCGUAGAACUGCUGGACGAACGGAGUAAACAAUACACAUGUGCUGGAGACGACGCGGUUAGUGAAGCUGUUACUGACUUGGUAAGAGGUACAUUGUGCCCUACUGUGAAAGCAGUAUUGGAGCAUGGAAUGAAGAGACCAUCGUUUUUGGGCGGACCAUGUCACCCAUGGCUGUUUAUAGAAGAGGCUUCCAAUAGAGAAGUGGAGAAAGACUUCAAUUCCGUUUACAGUCGAUUAGUUCUGUGUAAAACGUACAGAUUGGAUGAAGAUGGUAAAGUUUUGACUCCAGAAGAGUUGUUAUAUCGUUGCGUCCAGUCUGUGAAUUUAACGCAUGACAAUGCACACGCUCAAAUGGAUGUGAAAUUGCGUUCUCUCAUCUGCCUCGGAUUGAAUGAGCAAGUACUGCAUUUAUGGCUAGAGGUUUUAUGUUCAUGCGUGGAAGUGGUGCAAAAGUGGUAUCAGCCAUGGAGUUUUAUAAACAGUCCAGGUUGGGUGCAAAUCAAAUGCGAAUUAAGAAUAUUAAGUCAAUUUGCAUUUAACUUAAAUCCUGACUGGGAACUACCGCCAAAAAAGGAACAAUCGCAGCCUUUGAAGGAUGGGGUCCGUGAUAUGCUAGUCAAACAUCAUUUAUUCAGUUGGGAUCUUUAGCGUAAUGGAUUAGCGUGCGGUUAAAGAGAUUUUCACGUCUAAUCUCUUUAAACUUUCAUGCACAAUAAUUAUAGUGUACAAACACGUGAUCUCAUUUUUAUCAGUAUAUGAUGUUAAUUUAUAACAAAUAUACUGACAUACAUAUAUAUAACUUAAAUCUUUCUAAUAUAUAAAAUAUCUUUAAAAGCAUAAUACCGUAUUAUAAAAUGGAUAAUUCUAAAAAAAAAA